AUGCUUUUCAAUUUCCUAUUGCCCAGAGCCCGCCUAACGCCCAGUCACGCCAAGUACUGCCUCCGCGCGCGGAUGAUGCGCUGGCGGAACUAUGACCGGACGGAUUCCGAUCCGGCGACACGUCCAAAGGCCGACGGUGCCCGCCAUUCCGCUUUUGACGCUUGGCGGGAUAACCGUCUCUUCGUCCGGGAGGAUCUUUGUGCUGAGGCUCUUUCUGCAACACUAGACUCUGCGGCUCUAGGUCCUGCAAGGAGUCGGUCUGUGUUGCACGAUCUUGUCGUGCCGGCAUCUGAGGUUGCUUGA